AAAAGGCGGAAAGUUUGUUUUGAUGGAAAUGAGGUUAUGGGCAUUUUGUUGUGAAAUUAUAAUUUUUGCUUUACUAAAAUUAUACAUUUUCCCUCUAAAUCUUGAUUGUGUCACUCCUUAGAAGGAACAUGGCAUGCUCACCUGAGCAAAUUGCUGCUAAAAAGCAACAAGCACUUGAACGAUUGAGGAAGAAUAAAGAAACCGCCGCGGGUGUUGGCGCCACUGGAUUUUUAUCAUCUCCAGCAAAGGGUACAGGGAGCCCUAUUGCUUCUGGUCAAUUCUAUGGCUCUCCUGCUGGAUCAAGUGGCGCAGGAAUCUUGGGUAAUCAGAAGAAUCUCCCGGGGAAGCCUGACAAUAAGGCUAAGCAGCAACCACUGAAGGAUAAUCGAAUUUUCUCCCAACCCUACACCAAUAAGAGAGACAAUGUGAUUCCGGAAAAGAAGAAGGAAGUUGUGCCACUGGCCUUGCGUACCGUCUGCAAAUGCUCAAUGGUGUCUGAGGAUAGAUUUGGGGUGGCAAUCUCCCGAUUUGAUGACAAGAUCACUGAUGCCUUUAGAGAGCUACCCACGCGGAAUUUCAAUCGAGAAACAAAACUCUGGUCCUUUCACGUGAAGGAUUAUGAGGAUUUUAUGAAGAUCAUGAAUAAAAUGCAGGAGCUGGUUUGUGUGGAGGAACUUCCGGCGUUCAUUGUGAAACUCUUCGUGCGGAAGAAGGAGGAACAGCGAUUGGAUAUGUCCUUCCUGAGUAGCAUCAAUCCAAAGCUCGCUGGAUGCCUUGUUGAUUUCCAAAAGGAAGGUGUGAGGUUUGCCAUUGAGAAGCAAGGACGUUGCAUCAUUGCCGAUGAAAUGGGUUUGGGGAAGACAUACCAGGCAAUAGCAGUUGCUGAUUUCUAUCGCGAUGACUGGCCCAUUCUCAUUUGCACCACAUCGUCAACAAAGGAAGUUUGGGCGGUUAAGUUGCAGGAACUCCUGUCGCGAGUUAGUACAACGGAUAUACAUAUGAUGGAUUCAACGCAGACAUACCUGCCCAAUGCUGCAGUGUACAUUGCAACGUACACAAUGAUGGAGAAAACUACGGAGCAGAUUGCAGAGAAGAAUUGUGGAAUUAUCAUUAUGGAUGAGUCGCACUACCUCAAAAAUUCCAAAUCCAAAUGCACGAAAGCAGCCAUGGUGCUGGCGAAGAAUGCACGAAGGGUGAUCCUACUCACCGGAACACCUGCCCUGUCGCGUCCUAAUGAACUUUUUUCGCAACUUCAAAUGUGCGACAAGUCAAUGUUCUCCUACAGGGAGUACACCAAGCGCUAUUGCGAUGGGAAGGAAGGUCGUUUUGGUUGGGAUGCGAGUGGAAAGUCAAAUUUAACAGAACUCAACGUUCUUCUCACAAAGAAAUUCAUGAUUCGUCGUACCAAAGGGGAUGUAGUCAAAGAAAUCAGUGAUAAGUCCCGCGAGCUCAUUAUCCUCGAUGAUGCUUUGAUUACACGAAAAGACACCUUUGAUGACAUGACCAAUGUCUACGGGCAGAGCAGCGGGAGGAAGCGUGAGGAGAUUCUUUUGAAUUUCUACUCCGAAACGGCUGUGGCUAAGGUGAAAGCCGUCUGUUCGUACAUAAAGAAAGUCCUGAAGGAGCAGCAGAAAUUCAUUGUCUUUGCUUAUCAUCGGGUAAUGCUGGAAGAACUCUCCAAGUGCCUCGAUGAGCUCAAUGUCUCCCACAUACGCAUUGAUGGGAGCACACGAUCUGAUGUGAGGCAUACAAUGGUACAGAUGUUUCAAACAAAACCACAAUACCGCGUUGCAGUGCUCUCCCUCAAGGCAUGCAAUGAGGGAAUAACCCUCACAGCGGCACAAUUGGUUAUCUUUGCAGAACUCUACUGGAAUCCAAGUACCCUAGCACAAGGUGAGAGCCGCAGUCAUCGCAUUGGACAGGAUGGAAAUGUCGUUGUUCGCUACCUUCUGGCCAAGGGCACUGCAGAUGACAUCAUAUGGCAGAUGAUCAAUCAGAAACAAAAUGUACUCAACAAGGCUGGAAUUGGCAAUGAAGAUUUCAGCAAUGUGGCCUCAUGCACUGAAAUCACUUCCACGCGCAAAAUUUCAGAGUAUUUCAAUAAAGAAAACGCCCCAAAUGACGUUGCUGCUGGCCCCUCAAGUGCCCCAUCAAACUGUGAUGAUGAUGACCUAAAGAAGCUCCUCGAUGAUGAUGCAGAUGACCUCAUGAUGCUCCUUGAUGAUGGUGAAGAUGAUAUUUUGGCUGGAAUCGACUGCUGAGCGAUACCAAUGAACCAAUUUUCCACAAAUAUGUUGAAAUUCUUGAAAUAAAACUCUUCUUUUCAUUCUA